UAUAUUAUAGAACAAAAAAAUCCAAGUGGAUAACUUUAUAUGGCUAUAAAUUUGACCCUUGUUCUUGGUAUGUUUGUACCAAUUAGCUAACGAAUCUAUCUAGUAAAGGACGGCAGCCAUGGUGUCUACAGGUCUUGCAAGUUUUCUACUUGUUCUUGCUGUUUCUUCUUCCUUGAUCUUCUUUGUCACUGAAGCACAGAGGCCUGCUAUAGUGAAUGGUCUUUCAUGGUCAUUUUAUCAGUCUCGUUGCCCUCAGCUUGAAUCCAUCAUUAGAAAGGGGCUUGAAAAACAGAUCAAAGCUGACGCGGGCCAAGCUGCUGGUUUACUUCGCCUUUAUUUCCACGAUUGCUUUGUUCAGGGAUGUGAUAGUUCAGUGUUGCUGGAUGGAUCAGCGGGAGGGCCAAGUGAACAGACUGCAAAUCCUAAUUUGACACUAAGAAAGAAGUCAUUCAAGAUCAUUGAUGAUCUUAGGAAAAGGAUCCAAGCUGAAUGUGGCCAAGUUGUGUCUUGCUCUGAUAUUACUGCCAUUGCUGCCAGGGACUCCGUUGUCUUGACCGGUGGCCCCAACUACGAUGUACCCUUAGGAAGAAAGGACGGACUCAACUUCGCAACAGAACAAGCAACCAUAGACAACCUUGUCGCACCCUCUGUUGUUGAUAUUGCUACUGUUGUUGAAGAGUUGGAGGAAACCUUCUCUGCUUUGUUCUGAGUUUAAUAAUCUUUUGUUCUUGUCUCUU